CUUCAUGUGCUUUAUCUUUAUCUGGCAUCCCUGAAGAGUUUGGUAUGUUCUCUCUAUGCACAUGCCUCUGGAUUAAGGACUUUCUGACAAACCGCACCCAGUCUGUUAGAUUAGGCCGCCUUCAUUCUUCCAGCAUCACACUUAGCACUGGUGCUCCUCAGGGAUGUGUGCUAAGCCCACUUCUCUAUGCUCUGUACAAUUACGACUGUGCCCCCACCCACUCCAGCAACACAAUCAUCAAGUUCGCGGAUGACACAACUGUAGUUGGAUCUCGGGAGGAGACGAAACCGCAUACAGGGGUGAAGUUCAAGGACUGUGUGAGUGGUGUUUACAGAACAAUCUCACCCUGAACUCAUCAAAAACAAAAGAACUAAUAAUUGAUUUUAGGAAAAAGCGUGCAGACCCUGCACCUCUGAUCAUUAAUGGAGACUGCGUGGAAAUUGUCCCUUCCUUCAGAUUUCUGGGCACAUACAUCUCUGAAGACAUCUUCUGGACCACCAACACCAUGGCAGUAGUGAAGAAGGCACAGCAGAGACUCUACGUCCUGAGAAUUCUCAGGAAAGACAACCUUCAGGAGAAACUGCUGGUGUCCUACUACCGCUCCGCCAUCGAGAGUGUGCUGACAUACUGCAUCUCCACAUGGUACAGUAGCUGCUCAGCGGCAGAUAAGAGAUCUCUUCAGAGGGUCAUCAACACUUCCCAGAAGAUCAUCGGCUGCCCACUGCCCAGCCUGGAGGACCUUUUCAGCUCUCGCUGCCUCAGCAGAGCAACCAGCAUACUGAGAGAUCCAUCUCACCCUGGACAUCAUCUGUUCGACCUGCUGCCCUCUGGAAAACGCUUCAGGUCCAUCACAGCCCGGACAAACAGACUAAAAAAACGUUUUUACCCCGGGGCCAUACGGGAACUGAACACUCCCAAACCACAAUACCAACUGACUCUUAUAAAUCACUACACAAGUAAACUGAACAACAACAUUCAACUCUGGACUCCUUUAAAACAUGGCACAAUGUUUCACUCUACUCUGACCGUCUCUCUGUCCUGGCGUUAAUCCCGCAGUGCAGGGUCCGCUCUUGUGCACAUUUGCGUCUUCUCCAUUUGGCGCGAUCUAAGAUGUCUUCUGGGGCUGUCUUCACUCUACUCUGACCAAUGAUCUCCACGAUCCGUACCAGUCUGGCUUCAAGGCAGCGCAUUCUACGGAAACAGCUCUUGUAGCUGUUACUGAGAAGCUUCAUGCAGCCAAAGCAGCCAAACUGUCAUCUGUCCUUAUUCUUCUUGACCUCUCUGCAGCCUUCGACACCGUGAAUCACAGCAUUCUCUUGUCCACUCUCUCCAACCUUGGAGUAACAGGUUCAGCAUGGCAAUGGAUGGCCUCCUACCUGGAAGGGCGCUCCUACCAAGUGUCAUGGAGGGGAUCCAUAUCUCCCCCAUGCACUCUCUCAACCGGUGUUCCUCAGGGCUCUGUACUUGGCCCACUUCUUUUCUCUAUCUACACCCGCUCUCUGGGCAAGGUCAUAGCCUCCCAUGGCUUCUCCUACCACUCCUAUGCAGAUGAUACUCAGCUCGUUCUGUCAUUUCCUCCUUCAGACACGCAAGUCUCAGCUCGCAUCUCAGCAUGUCUGCAAGAUAUCUCACAAUGGAUGUCGGCUCAUCAUCUAAAACUUAAUCCCAGCAAGACAGAGAUGUUGCUCAUUCCUGGAGAUCCGUCUCCAACCCAGGACCUAGUAAUUUCUCUGGAUGACUCCCAGAUCAGACCAUCUGAUAAGGUAAGAAGUCUUGGUGUUGUCCUUGAUAACCAGCUGACCUUCUCUCCUCAUAUAGCCAACAUGACCAGAGCGUGUCGGUUCCUCCUGUACAACAUCAGGAAGAUUCGUCCAUUUCUCUCCAGGGAAGCUACCCAGAUUCUGGUGCAAUCACUUAUAAUCUCACGGUUGGACGACUGCAACUCCCUUCUUGCUGGAGCUCCCAUGUCCACGAUUAAACCCUUACAGCUCAUUCAAAAUGCAGCUGCAUGUCUGGUUUUUAACCAACCCAAACACUGCCACAUCAUCACCCCACUGCUGCCACAUCAUCACCCCACUGCUGCCACAUCAUCACCCCACUGCUGCCUCAUCAUCACCCCACUGCUGCCUCAUCAUCACCCCACUGCUGCCACAUCAUCACCCCACUGCUGCCUCAUCAUCACCCCACUGCUGCCACAUCAUCACCCCACUGCUGCCACAUCAUCACCCCACUGCUGCCACAUCAUCACCCCACUGCUGCCUCAUCAUCACCCCACUGCUGCCACAUCAUCACCCCACUGCUGCCACAUCAUCACCCCACUGCUGCCACAUCAUCACCCCACUGCUGCCUCAUCAUCACCCCACUGCUGCCACAUCAUCACCCCACUGCUGCCACAUCAUCACCCCACUGCUGCCACAUCACCCCACUGCUACGUUCUCUUCACUGGCUUCCUGUAGCUGCACGCAUUCAGUUUAAAACACUGACGCUCGCCUACAAAGCCAAAAAUGGACCAGCCCCAAGCUACCUUCGUGGCCUAAUCAAACCCCGCUCUGUACCACGCAACCUCCGAGCCUCUAGUCUCGCUCGACUUGAGCCUCCAUCCAGGACUAAAGGAAGACAAGCAUCAAGGCUGUUCUCUGUUCUAGCGCCGAAGUGGUGGAAUGAACUUCCUCUGUCUGUCCGAACAUCUGAGUCUCUUGCUGUCUUUAAAAAACGAUUAAAAACCUUCAUCACCUUCUUACUAAACACUUAGGCUGACUGUAAAAAAAAAAAAAAAAAAAAAAGCCUUUUAACAGGUUUUAGCAGAUUUGUGUUCUUUGACUGUUGUUUACCUAAACUUGAGAAAUGAAAUGUUCACUAUAGAAGCACUUCUGUAAGUCGCUCUGGAUAAGAGCGUCUGCUAAAUGCCGAAAAUGUAAAUGUAAAUGUAAAUGUAAAUGGUUGUGAGUGUGACCACUCUGAACAUGAUUUUUCUCUCCGACUCUCUGAUUUCUGUCUGAUUUCUCUUUUACCUGCAGCAGAUUAAAACCAGAAUUUCUCUAGAA